CUGACGAAACGUCAACCUCCCCCCCGCGUGUGUGCUCAGUUCCAGCCCGUGAACAGCAGAUCAAAACUAAAAUUUCCUCUUGCCUGAGUGGACGUGUAUUCACUCGCCGUCAUCGACACACAUGUGGACACUCUAGAAAUCGCCGUUGUGUUUUUGUUUGUUUUUUUUGUGUCCACUCUUUUUUUUGUGUUGUUGAUCGUUUUCAACUAUCUCGUUCGUCGAACGCACUUCAUUUUCACCAGUUUUCCGGAUGACGACAAUGGAACUGGAAGCGUCCCUCUAUCACGCCUCCGACAACAUAAGCAGCAUCAUGAGCAAUAACGCCAACGGUAAAGGCCAUGAAAAUGUCGGAACACGACGACGUAAGAUAACGUUCGCCAUGGAGGUACGGGUGAAGCAGGAGUCGCAAGACGAGGCGCUAGUCCCGCUCUGCGGCAAAUCCAGCAGCACCGGCAACGGCCACAGCAGCAAUAACAACAACAGUCAUUCCGUCAACGGAUCGGCCAUCAACAAUCCUCCUCAACCCGGACCCAUGCAGAAAGUGCCAUCUCUAUCCGAUCUCUCAGAUCCGGAAAGCUCAUUAGAUAUACCGGCCCAGGUGCCACCGCUAACGCCGGGCACCAACAAGAAGAUGACAGAGGCUCUGAAAGCCUCGUUCGCUUCGUGGGAGAAGGAACAGGAGCGUCUGGGCAUCCCCAAAGAUCCUCGAUUGUGGUCGGAAAGCGACGUCUCGCGCUGGCUCAACUGGGCCAUCAAAGAGUUCUCGCUGGAAGGUGUAGUGCUGCAGCACUUUCGCAUGCGCGGCCGCGACAUGUGCGCCAUGGGCAAGGAGAACUUUCUGGCCCGAACGCCUCCUUUCAUGGGCGACAUCCUCUGGGAGCAUCUCGAGAUUCUUCAAAAAGACGUUGAACGGGCAGCGCUGGGCAGUGUGCCGGCCAAUUUUUAUGAAUCCAUUUGCGUACCGGUCCCGGAUUUGAGAGACUUUUUGGCCGGUAGCAGUGCUAAUAACAAUACCGGCAAUAGCCAAAACAACAAUAACAACAACAGCAGCAACAGCGGAGGAGGAGGGGGAGGAGGAGGUGGUGGAUUCUCUCCGCCGCCUCCGCCACCGCCGGCCGUUUCGUCGUCGUCCGGCGGUGUUUCAAAUUCACCGUCCAACGCCUCGACGCCGGCCGGUUCGUCUUCGACGACGGCACAGCCACCUGCUGGAUCGGCCGGUGCGCAGGUGACUGGAUCAUCUCCACUUUCAGUGAUCGGCUCGUCCAUCCAGCCAGUGUCUCCGCCUACACCGCCCACGCCUCCGGCACUCAAAAUGAUGUCGCCCAUCUCCCAACAGCAACAACAACAGCAACUCAACAACGUCCUGUCGUCGAUGAAUCCAUCCAGAUUGGCCGUUUCAUCCACUUCCAACGGUGUCACAUCCUACCUAGAAGGUGGGUACAGCUCGUUGGGCGACCCUAUGCAGACCGGAAUGGGAGAAAUGGUUCCCGGGUCCGGAUCGGCCGCCGUGGUCCAGCAGCACCAUGCGCACCAGCAGCACCAAGAGGUUGUCGAUUCGCCUUUUGGAGUCGGUGUGGCUUUCGGUGACGGAGAAGGUGAUUACCAGAAUUUAGACUCGGUGACCAACGCCGGCCACCACCAGCAACAACACCACCAGCAACAGCAGCAGCACCACCUCCAUCAUCAUCAUCAGCAACACCAGCAACAACAGCACCAGCAACAACAACACCAGCAACACCAUCAUCAGCAUCAUUUCCUGCAUCAUCCGGAACCCGCGCCCGAUUUCUAUCCGCAGCCGGCGCACAACAACCAGCCGCAACAGCAACAACAGCAGCCGUACAGCGGCAGCAUGAAACAACAGCCAUAUGGACGAGGACGGUAUCCCGGUCACGAUGGAGGUUACGUCUCGGAUCCUUACGGAGCCUCUACUCCCGGUGGAGGACAUCCCACAUACGGCGAACACAGCCCAUUCCAGACAGUACCUAACCUUGGCGGAGGAGGCGGUCCCAAUGAUCCUUGGGUUCCGCCUGGCGACCUCGUCGGUGGUCACCACAACGGCAUGCAGGCACAGCACCAUCCGGCGGCGUACAUGAACAACCACAGCGGAAUGGGUCCCCAAAGGGGAGGCAACGAUCCGGUCCUGGGUGGGCACAUGCACCAACUCAGCAGUCACAGCCCGACAAUGGGCUCACCGGAAUCCAAGCCAGUCAUUCAAGCUUCCAUGUUGGCCGCCUACCAAGGUGGACCACCAGGGAGCGGCCCUUGUUUCACUGGAUCGGGACCGAUCCAGUUGUGGCAAUUUUUGCUCGAGUUGUUGACGGACAAGUCGUGCCAGAGCUUUAUUUCGUGGACGGGCGACGGCUGGGAAUUUAAGCUAUCCGAUCCGGACGAAGUGGCACGUCGCUGGGGCAUCCGCAAGAACAAGCCCAAAAUGAAUUAUGAGAAAUUGUCGCGUGGUCUACGUUACUACUACGACAAGAACAUCAUUCACAAGACGGCUGGCAAGCGAUAUGUCUACCGUUUUGUUUGCGAUCUUCAGAAUCUUUUAGGGUACACAGCGGAGGAACUGCACGCCAUGGUCGAUCUCAAACCGGACAAGAAGGAUGACGAGUAAAAAAUU